AUGAAACGGAUUAUGGCACCCAUUGAACAGAAAAGAAACUUGGCUGGCAAUUACUCCAUACCUGACUCUUUAAAUAAGGAGCUACAGAAGGAGUUUGCAGAAGAUGUAUCUACUCCAAUGGAUAAAUUACAAGAUGACAUCAUUAAUCAAAACAACUACAACAAGAAACGAUUUCAGAGGUCUAUUGUGUUGGACUUGGACGAGCAAAAAAGUUAUAAACAAAUCAUGAAUGAAAGAAAUUUGGAAAGAGAGGAACUCCGAGUAGAAAAGCUUAUUAAAGAGAAAGACGAUGGAACAACUAAAACCGUUGAAAACCCACAAGAGAGGUUACUACCCCGUAAAAGAAAGAAGAGAUGGGACGUGACACCAGAAGAAUACAAGAAGCAAAAAGAGUGUGAAAACAAUAAAGAAUUGGUCAAAAAAUCUACAUCCUCACUUAUUAUAGAAUUGGUAGAGGGAAAAGUUCCUGUAGUAAGAGGGAUUCCAUUAACAGACUCGAUAUUAGAAAAGAUCUUGCCACCUGGAUAUGUAAAAGUGAAUCCUCCAGCACAUUUCAAACAAAAUGAAGAGACGUUACCACCAGAUUUGUCUGAUGCUGUAGUAUCAUCGAAUUACUAUCUACCACCAACUAAUGAAUCCGUGGGUAUUUCCACAACGGAGAUUCCAACAGAUGUACCCGGAGUGAAAGGUUUGGAGUUUUUCAAAGAGGAAGAUAUGAAAUAUUUUGGCAAGUUAGUUCAUUCCAAACCAGAGUCCUUGAAUGAUGAAGAAAAGAAAGAACUAAACGCUAUGAAAUUGGUGUUGAAGAUAAAAAAUGGGUCGCCAGUAACACGUAAACGAGCCAUGAGACAAUUGACUAAUAAUGCAGCAAAAUUUGGUCCCAAAGUUUUAUUAAAUCAAAUUCUUCCUAUAUUGUUGGAGCCAAACUUAACUCCACAGGAGAGACAUUUGCUUAUAAAAAUGAUUGGACGUAUUAUUUACCAAUUAGACGAGUUAAUUCGACCAUAUACUUCUAAAGUUCUUACAGUCAUAUCACCAUUCUUGAUAGAUGAAGACCCUACAGUAAGGUUGGAGACACGAGAAAUCAUAUCAGGCUUGACUAAAGCAGCUGGUUUAGCCAAUAUUAUAUCAACAUUAAGGCCAGAUUUAGACCAUGUUGAUGAGUAUGUUCGAAACUUGACAGCACGUAUAUUCGCCAUAGUGGCCAACACAUUGGGAUUAAAAUCAUUUUUACCAUUCUUAAAAGCAGUUAUCAAGUCGAAAAAGAACUGGACAGCAAGACAUACUGGUAUCAAAGUUAUUCAACAAUUAUGUAUUAUGCUAGGACGAGGAAAUGGUACGGCAAUAUUGCCAUAUCUUGCAAAUAUAGUUGAAAUAUUGAAACCUCCAAUCAAUGAUGAGUCAUUACAAGUCAGAACUAUAACAGCGUUAACUUUGGCUCAACUAGCUGAAAACGUGUCGCCAUAUGGUAUUGAUUCGUUUGAACCCAUAUUGGAACCAAUUUGGUUUGGAAUCAGAAAACAUAGGGGCAAAGGCUUGGCUAGUUUCUUAAAAUGUAUUGGAGCAAUGAUCCCCUUGAUGUCAUAUGAUCCGAAUUAUGAAGAUUACACAAAUUAUUAUACAACAGAGCUCAUGCAUAUCAUAACACGUGAAUUCAGAUCUCCUGAUGAAGAUAUGAGAAAGACUAUUUUGCGUAUUAUAAUGGGAUUACCUUUGUCGAGAAAGCUUAUUCCAGACUAUGAAAAAUCAAUUAUCGGGCCGUUUGUCAAUGCAUUUUGGAAUCGUCGAACUGCUUCUGAUUCAGUCCAAAUCACAAGGCUAGUAGUAGAGGCAACCAACCAUUUGGCUAUUAAAUUCGAUUUUCUCGAUAUGUUAGAACAUAUUGUUUACUUUACAAAAGACGACAAUGAGCAAUUGCGGAAGUUAGCGAUUGAAGCUAUUAACAAAUUAAUUUCCAACAAUAGUCAAGAAUUAAUAGGUAUGGAUUCUCAAUUGGAUAGAAAAUUGGUCGAUGGUGCUUUAUUUGCUUUUCAAAAGCAAACUAUUCACCAAAAGAUAUACCUCACCUGUUUUGGGACAUUGGCAGAUGCCUUGAACGUAAGAUUGAAACCUCAUUUAAAUUCGAUAUUGAGUACUAUCUUGUACCGAAUGAAAAAUAAAUUGGCAGAAAUAAGACAGCAAGCUUCAGAUUUGAUUGCUAUUAUUGCUCCAGUAAUUAAACAAUGUUCAGAACAUGAUGAUGAAUUGUUAAUGAAAUUGAUAUUGAUUUUGUAUGAAUCCCUUGGUGAAGUCUACCCCGAAGUUUUGGGGUCAAUUUUAAAUGCUUUAUAUUCGUGUCUUGAUUCAAUUGACAAAUCAACAUUAUAUACCAUGUCAAAUCCUUCAAUUAAUCAAAUCCUACCAACGCUAACACCAAUUUUGAAAAAUCGACACGAAAAAGUUCAAGAAGCAUGUAUAAAAUUGGUUGGAUUAAUAGCCAGAAAAAACUCUGAAACUAUAAACGCAAAGGAAUGGAUGCGUAUUUGUUUUGAUUUGUUGGAAAUGUUAAAAGCCCAACGUAAAAGAAUACGUAUUGCAGCUAAUAAUACAUUCGGCUAUAUUGCCAAAACUAUUGGACCCCAAGAUGUAAUAGUUAUGCUUUUGAAUAAUCUACGUGUUCAAGAACGUCAAUUGAGAGUUUGUACGGCUGUGGCAAUGGGUAUAGUUGCUGAGACUUGUUUACCAUUUACUGUUUUGCCAGCAAUUAUGAAUGAAUACAGAAUCCCUGAGAAAAAUGUACAAAACGGUGUAUUAAAGGCAAUGAGUUUUAUGUUUGAGUAUUUGGAUGGGAAAAUUACAAAAGAUUAUUUGUUUGCUAUAACGCCUUUAUUAGAAGAUGCAUUGACAGAUAGAGAUUUAGUACAUCGUCAGACUGCUGCAACAGUAAUUUUCCACAUAGCAAUGAAUUGUAUUGGAUUAACUGAUAAGGAUUAUAGUGAUGUCUUCAUUCAUUACUUGAACUUGAUUAUGCCUAAUAUUUUUGAAACAUCACCGCAUGUGAUUUCAAGAAUUUUGGAAAGUAUUGAUGCCUUAAGGUUGGUUAUUGGUAAUGGAGUAUUUACAAACUACAUUUGGUCUGGAUUAUUUCAUCCUGCAAGGAAAGUCAGAGCACCGUACUGGAAGAUUUUCAACAAUGCUUACGUUCAAUGUAGUGAUGCAUUGGUUCCAUGCUACCCAAGAAUCGAGAGUUUACCGGACGAAGAUGAAAUAAGUUACAAAUUGGAAGAGUUGGAUUUGUUUUUAUAG